GUUGACGGGUGGCGGCGGCGGCGGCAGCAAAUUGAUGAAUUCUGUGAUUGUGCUGCAACUCUCCCGCUAAAAAUAAUCAUCCGGGUAACCAGCGUUUUAAUCGAAAUUAGUCACAGAAAUUUUAGCUUACCAAAUCCCUGAUUUUUUUUACUGGUGUUUCCAAGGUUCUGUCAUGAUUUUACCCCUGCAGAGUUUCUUGUGUCUGCGUGUGUGAAAAAGGAAAACAUCACACUUGCAUGGUCUCUAGGGAUUGAAUUUAAGUAAAACUUGUGUCAAAGCAUCUGGAAUUGAUUAUUGACAAGCUAACAGAAGAAAGCAAUAUGGAAAGAACACCGGCUGCUUCAGCCAUGCAGUGGAGCAUAGAUCUUGAGAAAGGCAUCCGUUCUAAACGCCCUGGUGAAGCAAUACUUCAAAUUGGUCAGAAACUUGAAUGGUGGGAUAGAGACUCUUUUAUUACAGAAGCCGAGUACAAAUUGUUUGGCUUGAUACCUGGAGAGGAUAAGCUAUUUGCUGAUGCAAUCUUUCUUAGGCUUGCUCAUGCAUUCAACUCGGGGGACAAACACACAAGGGCAUGCAUUGUAAAGAUUUUUAUGUGGCAGAGAAGGAGAUGGAGUGGCCAUGACAGAAAAAGUAAUCGUGGCAUUAUAUCCAAGGGUAUCUUAGAAAGCCAUGUCGAGCUUCUAAAAAGAGUGAAGUCUGUAUUCUACACUGGGGAUUCAGAAGAAAGAGCUAUGGCUUUGGCUCUAUUGGGCUGCUGGGCAGGUUUUGCCAAAGAUAAUGCAGAUAUAAGAUACCUUAUCCUUUCAAGUUUGGUUUCAAAUGAUAUACUGGAGGUAAAGGCAUCUUUGUUUGCUGCUGGAUGCUUUUGCGAAUUAGCUGAUGAUUUUGCUGCUGUGCUUUUGGAGAUGCUUGAAAAUUUGAUGUCACGUGAAGCAUCAAAGGCUAUAAGGUUAGCUGCAGGCCGAGCUUUAGCAAAAAUAUGGUUCUCAAUAUUACUUGCACAUAAAGCUUACAAGACAGGUGUAAAGCUGAUGUUAGAAUCCCGCCAAGAAGAAGAAUUUUGCAAAAUUAUGCUGAUUUCACUUUCAAAAAUUGCUUCAAAAUGGACCAGCUUGAUUCCUGUACAGGUAGAAUUGCUUACCUCAUUUUUGUCAGAGGAGGUAGCUUCAUGCCUGCAAGCUAGUGCAUUGAAAUGCCUGAACUUUAUGUUAUGCCAUGGAGUUAUCAUCCCUGAAAGUACUGCAGACAAUGUCCUGAAGUUUCUCGAUGUUCUGAAUGAGUCCAAGCUAUCUCCAGAUUUGCAGUGUGUAGCAUGUAGUAUUUUGUACAAGGUGUUCUUGUAUAAUCUACACAGAAUUCCUCAUGCUGAGAUAUUGAUCAUUUUCUCCAGAUUCUUAUCAGUUGUUAGCCUCAUUUCAGAAUCCCCAGUUGUUAUCUCAGAGAGGGUCUUGGCCAUUCAUAACUUAGCAGAUAUUUGUGACAAACUUCUUGAAAAAUCGGAAGAGGAAUCAUCAGGUCAUAUAGGUUCCACUGUGGCAUCAAGAAUAAUCUCAUUUGCCAUGGACCGCUUCUCUCUCUUGGUUAAAUCGAAUAAAGACGUUCUUCUUCAACCUAACAGUGUGGUGAAGCAGGAGAUCAAAUGUUUGUUCAGUCUCUUACUUGAUAUGUUUGAAAAGAAGCAUGAACUCGGUGCUCUUUUACUGGAUAAAGUCUUCCUACUUGUUAGGGACUUGGUGAAUACAUUGAAUGAAAUCACGAGGAAACCAAAAGUUAAAGAUAUUUCUGUAGAUCAUCCUCAGCAAGAAGAGAACAGUAAAUCUUUUGCAGUUAGCAUGAUGAUAUGUGCAUCGAAGGUCAUUUUUAACUGCUUCCGGAAUCAAGAAAGUUUGAAUUCAGUUUCUCCUCAGGUUGUUGACAAUCUCAAGCUCCUGGUAAAACAUGUUUGUGGUUGCAGACCACUACAUAUUUAUAUCCAUGUGAUUUAUAGCCUCCUACUGCACUCCUGCCUGGAAUGCACUUUCGUUUGUAGAAUUAUGAAUACUACUGGAGACCUUCACUCCUCUCCUCAUCAGUAUGAACUUUCUGCUAUUGAUAGUGUGAGGGUUAUUUUGGGAAGAAAAGAAAAUUGGCUCUGUUACAAACUUGGAAAAUAUGCAAUGUGUCAGGGAGCAUGGCUUACUGCAGCUCUAAUAUUUGAACGACAAAGUACCAUCGUCCAAUCUGAAGCUUGUCGUUCUUGGUUGGAAUCCUUGACUCAUCUCUCACAAAUGGAAAGUAAAUUUCAAUCGUUGCUUAACUUUGAUCUUUCUGAAAACACGACAAGCCGACAAAGCUUCUCUGUUGAAGCUACUCUUGGUGCUUGCAAUGACCUCCGUUCUUCAGUCUGUAGGCUUGGUGGUCCCACCUCUUCUACUUCUUCUGGCCUUGCUUUCAGGUUUCAAAAAUGGUUUCUCACUUUGAGAGUAAAAGUUGUACAAGCUGUGGUUGAUGCAAUUAAACUGUCGAUAUCAGUAAAUUCCUUUUCUUCUACUGACACGAAAAACAAGUCUCUAGAACCAUCUUCACUGGUGCAUUUUUCUGGGCAAGUUUCUUACACAAUGAAGAGCUUAGCACAGGAAUUUGACCUCUUUGCAACAUCUUUCAUAGGCAUAGAUAGAGGAAGUAGGGCUAUUGUCUCAUCACUUUCUAUCACUUGCUCACUUUUGGCCUUCACAACUGUCUUCUUUUCUUUUCUCUUGGCAAAUGCUUCAGAAGGUGUCAUCACUGCUCAAGCGGUGGAUGAACACCUUUCUGGUAUGCUUUCCCGUGAUUUAUUUCGGAGAUUAUUUUGGCAUAUAGACAACGAAACCAGCAAAUAUCUGUUGGGGAUGCUUCCGAAAUUCUCAGGGAAUACUUUCUUUCUACCACAGUGGAGAAAUCAAAGCUCAAGAUGCUGCGAAUUUGCAAAACUUUGUAGAUAUGCUUUUACAAUGAUUCUUAACCUGCGAACUGAGGUGGUUACUUCUAGUAUAUCACUAGAUGAUGACCAUAAGAAAGUCGACAAAUCCAAGAUUCUCAGUCACUCUUCCAAGCUAAUGUUGAGCUUUAUAUCAAUAUGGAUCCGGAUUCCUUGGCGGACCCCCAAACACUUCUUUCAAAUGAGGCCAUGUGUUGGCUCUGAGCUGUUCUUGCUGGGAGAAGACGGAGAAAAGGUAAACCGUUUAUCAGUCUCAUCUGGCUUCCUUCUCCAUCUAAACUUAUGCCUUCAACUCAAAAACAUGCCGAGCAAGAUCUCAAAGCUGUACUGCGUUCUUCACGCAAGAUCAUCAAAAACCCCAUCCCAGGACGAAAUCGAUGACAUGAUAUAUCUGAACCGAAAACUAUUGGAACACACCAGAGGUGAUAAUAUUCACGAUGAUGAUGAUAUUAGAGGAGAGGUUUUCAGUUUUGUGUGCUUUGAGGUUAAGAAUGAGAAAUGGCAGCAAGGUUUCUCUACCUGUUUGCUUGAUACUUCCGCAUUUCCUGUUGGUUCUUAUGAAAUCAAAUGGCAUAGCUGUUGUAUUGACCAUGAAGGUUCAUAUUGGAGCUUCAUCCCUGUCCUUGCUAGCAGCUUUGCCUUCUCCGUGGUGUAAUACUUGUAGUUGCAGAAUAAUUGAAAAAUCACCCUAAAUAAGACUAAAACAUAGAAACAGUACCAAAAUAGGAUUUCAAUGUUUUUAUUCCCGAAAUAAGAGUUCGCAUUGUGGUAAUGUGGAGAUGAUGUGGCACUCUACACGUGCACAUUACUAUACUUUUUGGUAAUGUACACGACCACGUUUGGUAAUGUAAAUGCAUUUUAACUCUUAUUUCGGGAAUAAACACAUGAAAGUCCUAUUUUGGUAUAUUUUCAAUGUUUUACUCUUACUUUAUUCUUUUUUCCCUGAUAAUUUUCUCUUGUAACACCUCCCACAAUAUUUAUUUAUUGUGCAUUUAUGCAAUUCAAAGAAAUUAAUUAGCAUUAA